AUGCAGGAUUAUAUGUUGGCGAUUGUGUCCAAUACGUAUGUGGCUAAAGCUGUUGGGCAUCUGACCUGGACUCUAGUUUCAAUAGCCUUAAAUGAAACUGGGAACUUGGUCAAAGAGUAUAUUUGGCGCAACUAUGUAACCGAGCUCGAAGUAUCCAGCUCUGACAGGUGUUACCAGUGGCUGUUAGAAUGGAUAGCCAUACAUAAUGACCAGCUAUUACACUUUACUGUCACCACUGUAUCUCGAGACUCCAAUGCGAUUUUGAAGUUCGAAUACGAGCCUAAUGCUGGCCAACAUGUUUUUAAGUAAGAAGUAAAAUAUGCCAUUUGUUUUUUGUGAUUUGCUUAGUCUUGCUACCGAUGUGUAGAUACAAAGGUCAAACAAUAUUCUUGAAACGCAAUCGUUCCUCAUCAGUAACCAGUGAAUACAACACCAGACCAUUUGAGACGCUAAACUUGUCUACCUGGGGUCGUAAAAAAAAAUUGCUGAAUGAAAUCCUAGAAGAGGGUAAUUAGAUAGACUAUUAUAUUGUUUUUAUUUUGCAAUUCAUCUAAUACAAUAUUAUAACUCUUUAGCUAGAUUAUACGCUUUAUCCAAGAUGGAAUUGGGCACUAUAUUAAUAAUGGUGCCUUCAUAUGAAACAUGGCAAACUUUUGGAGAACCCCGUGUGCCCCGGUCAAAGUCAUCUGUCAUAUUAGACAAUGGUGUCUUUGAAACCAUAUUGGAAGACUUGCAGUAUUUCAUGAAAGAUCAAUCUUGGUACACUGAAAAGGGCAAGUUUAUUAGUUAUUGAUUGUAUUAUACAAUUAGAGAAAGUGAUGAAUAAAUAAGUUUUUGGUCAAGAAAGUGGCUUGAAGAAUUUAUCCAUUGAUGGCACUAUGUAAAAUGUGACUAAAUUUAUAUGGUUUAACAGAAUUAAAGAUAUUUGUGUUUUAGGAAUACCAUAUCGUAGAGGUUACCUGUUGUUUGGGCCACCUGGUUGUGGAAAGACAUCACUAAUAAUGGUGCUGGCCGGUGAAAUAAAAUAUAAUUUGUGUGUGUUGAGUCUUAAUAACUCACAAAUGUCUGAUGAUCAACUUAUUAAAUUAAUGGGAGAAGUUCCGCGCAAUUCAUUAAUACUCUUGGAAGAUAUAGACGCAAUGUUCACCAGCAGAGUCCAGAAGUCAGUCAUUGGUUUGUAUUAAGUAUAAAAAAUUUUAAAUCAUACAUUUAAAAUAAUUAUAUAGUUAAAAUUCAUCACAGAAAGCAGUUCCAAAGUAACGUUAAGCGGUUUGCUAAAUGCUAUUGAUGGUGUAAUGUCAUCUGAAUGUCGAAUAGUAUUUAUGACAACCAACUAUGUCGACAGGUAAAUACAAUUCCUAGUAUUGAUGAGAAUGAAUAAUAAUAACAAGAAUUUAAUAUUGAUUAUAGAGUAGAUUCUGCAUUGAUCAGAGCCGGCCGUGUUGAUUUCAAACAGUACCUCGGACCUUGUUCAAAUUAUCAAUUGUCAAAGAUGUUUACUCGGUUUCGUCCAGAAGGAACUGAUAAUGAUGUAAAGAGAUUUAUGGACGUAAUAAGAAGCCAGAAUAAACCAGUAAUUCCAGCUCAUUUACAAGAAUUUUUUUUAAUGCACCGGCAUAAAGAAUUAAAUUCCAUGUUUGAACAUAUAGACGAUUUAUGGCAGGAUGUGCAAAACAUUCAAUUAACAGAGUAACAAUAAUAAUAUUUAUAAUAUUAAUUUUAAAAAUAAUAAUAAUAAUAAUAAUAAUAAGAUCAUAUCUUAUGUACAGAAAAAUACUAAGUACAUAAAAAAAAACCAAUGUUCAGUCAAAUAGCAAUCUUUGAGCACAAUAAAAGAAAGUGUCAUGAGUAUUUAAAGUGGUUAGAAAAAGAAUAACAACAAUAAUAAUUAAUUAACAUAAAAAAAAUGUAUACAUUUAUCAUCUUUUGGGAUCAAUUGAAUAUAAUGCUAUAGUUCCAUCUAAAGCACCAGUAGAAACUAUUGCUUUUUGAGGAUGAAAUUUUAUAGUUGAUAAUGGAGAAUGACGUGUGCUCAACCACUCAGAUAGCUUUACUGAGUUUAACAAUUGACCAUCUGUGUUGUAGAACGUCAACAUGUGAUUCACAUUACUGUUAAAUAUAAAAAAAAUUAAAAACUAAUAUUGACAAAAAAAAAAAAAAAUGCAAUCAAUAUAUUAUUAUUUACCAUGCUAAUAUAUUGCACAUAGGGUGAAUGUCUAUUUUGUGGAGGUUCUCUAUAUGAAAUUCUCGUUGAGAUACAUGUUGACCAAAUUCAAAAGUUUUAAUAUCUCCAUAAGCACUAUUGAAAUAAAUUGUUUAUUUUUACUAAAAUACUAUCAUUAUGUUAGGUUUAUAAGUAUUUACCUAGCAGAUAUUACAGUAGUAUUUUGUAGUCUCAGGUUGAGUAUUUUACUAUGAUUUCCUAUAAAAGAAGCUAUUUUAGCAUCAUGCGGUGACAGUCUUUUAUCAAACACUUUAAUUGACCCAUCCUUACAACCAGUAGCAAAUAUAUUACUUUCUAUAACAAAUA